UCAAGUACAAUAAUGUCAAACAUAACGUCAGUUUCGUUGAUUUCUCGAAACACCAAGAUUCUAACCUAAUACUUCAAUUUUAUUUAAGAAUUUGGGAUAAUUAUUCUAACAGUAACAUAUUUGUACUAUCAUGUCAGGAAUAAUGUCUGCGAUUUUUCAACCAUUGAAGAUUCUUAGACAAACUUUGCAAGUAGCUUCAACAGUCGCUCCCAGUACAAGCCUAGUAAAGCCAGAUUGUUUCUCGCUGUCUUCUAUUAGAACUAAAGUGCGAUGCUAUUUUCCUCGACCAAACGAAGUCCGUAGAGUGAAUAGACAUGGCUGGAAAACGAGAAUAUCAACACCCAAUGGUCGCAGGGUCAUUAUGCGGAGAUUACUCAAAGGAAGAUUUGUAUUGACCCAUUAGUUACCGGAUAAAGUAUAAGUUUUAAUUACUAAGUUCAUGGUUUAGAUGCCAGUGUAGUGUAAAUAAUAAAUAAAUAAAUAUGUUUCGAAUCAA